UUACUUGCCUCCCCUCCGGCGGCCAUUACGGUCACGUGACGGGGUAGCAACCCGCCUGCUUUGUUUUUUUUUCGAAAAUUGAUCUCGAGCGCAUAUUUUCGUCUCGCUUAAAAAUACCGCAGCUUCAAUUAAUUGACAAGAAAGUGCGCUGUGAGAGAAAAAAUGAACGCAUGCUGUUAAUCCCGAAAAGCGACGGAAAUGCUCGGAGGAACAUAAGAACGGGUUAAUAAUAAACCGAGUGAGGCCGGAGUACCAAAUAUGGUUCAAUCUCGUAUUACACCAACGGCCAAAUUCAGAAUAUACCACCUAAGAGGAGAGAGGGCGUCCCGACGCCGAAAAUAGCGCCGUCGCGCGCCUUCUACGGCCAAAGUCGGCUUAGCGCUCACAUAAUAAAUAAUAACAGAGUGUGAACACCACGAAAAAUUUUGCGUGUGCGGGAUUUUUUUUUAUUGACAGAAUGCAACGGAAAUGAACGAGAAGGGGGUUAACAUGCAAUGCGAAGAAGUAGAGGCCCCUGCACCGGAAAUGACCUUCAAUGACAGCAGAGAAUCGCCGGAAACCAAGACGGCUGCUCAAAUUUUAGAAGAUUCCAAGUUCGACUCUCGCAAAUUUGAAGAAAUCAACCUUGAAGAUGACAUCGAGAAAGUCGAGGUAUCUUCUGGAGCUUCCUCUGAGACAAACGAAGAGGAGUUUGUUGAGCCAGCUCAACACCUGCUCCCGGAGCAAAACCCCAACGAAUCAAUCAAAAGUUGGCUACAAAGAAUCACCGACCUGCAGAAACAACUAUCUUUCGACCCACCUCCUGGACCUUUCCCCCUCAAACCAUCACCACAGCCAACCCCAAACCGCGUGGUCAAAUUCCAGGACCUCCCCUACAUGGGCGAAAUGACCCUAGACAAUUCCAAACCACGCCGUGGUCGAAAACCGAAAAAAGCGGACAUUUGUCACUUAAUUUACAAAAAUUACGGGACGAUUUUUCCCGGCACUCCCAACCCGAAGAGCUACUUGGAAAAAGAGACGAAUAAAAAAAGCGAAGAGCCCGCCAAUCGAAGUGACGUCCAAAACCGGAUCAUCAGUAGCCUUCUGGAGAAAAGACUGACUCAGGAAAUCAAAAAAACGGACGUUGUUGUUGAAAAAAGUGACCAAAACGAACCGUUAAACUUGUGCAUUCGUGACUUAAACCACUUGAAAAUCCGUCUUUUGAAGAAGAACGAACUAAAGUCGGAGCCAGGGAGUGACGACGACGUGGAGUUCGUGCACGAAACCCCAUCCCCUGGGAAGCCCGAACCCUUGGGGACGCCGCCCGAAGCCCCAGGUGGUUACGUCUACUGGCCCAAUGCCGGGGUGUUCAUCCACCCGAUGGCCCUCCAGCAGCAGCUAAUGUACUACCAGAGGAUGGCGGCCAACAACAGCUACACCCUCCCCAGCCACAGCCCGCGGCCCCCGCCCCCCGACCCCGAGCCCGAACUCAGGAAAAUCACCCCGAAAGCGCGCAAAAAACCCGAAGAGACUGAGCCCCAACCUGAGCAAAAGACCAAACGCAACGCCUCCACCUCCUCGGACAAGACCCCCACCAAGCGGAAACGCUCCGCCAUCUUCAUUCCUCCCAUCCCCCCCGAAAACAACACAAACUCAGCCACCGAAGUCAGUAUUUGCAAGUUUAAAUUCACCGGAGGUGCGAAACCUAGUCUACAAGAAAAAAAAAUGCUGUCGGUCGAUUCCGGCGGCAAUUUUCGCUACUACAGCGGAACGGGGGACAAGUCAAUGCGCGGCUACGAGUUCUUCCCGCGGGAAACCCUCCAGCAGCAGAUCAACAACUCGCAAGGCUCCAGCACCGGAGCGUUCCUGCAAGCGAGUGGGGAGAAGAUUUAUCCGGUGGCUCCGGUCGAUUUCACCGGAACUAAGCCGAGUCAGGAGUUUCUGCUGGCUCCGGAAGCGCCCCCAACGCCUGACUUGCACCGGCAUAAGAAACGCAAGUCCAGGAAGUCGCUCCAGAGGGAGAAGCUGGAGCAGACGUUCAAGGAGAAGGGGUUUCUGAUACAGACGCAGCAGCUGGAAUCGGCUGAAGGCGCUACUUAUUGCAAGUUUAGACAGUUGAGGAAGUUUACGAGGUAUUUGUUCAGGAGUUGGAAGGAUUAUCUGCCGGGGAAUGUGCGCGAGUUGCAAGAGGGGGAAAAACCGGAUGAGGAAGAUGGUGAUAAUUUAUCCAGACAUUCGAGUGAGUUGCAGUGAAACGACCAAAGAUUGCGCUGUUUUGGGACGCUGAGUGGUGCUAAUUAUUGAUAAUCUAGUCGUAAUUCAUUAAUGUUGUUAAUCGUAAGGGAAUUGUUAAUAAAACUCGCUGUUUCACGUGGAAA